CAUUACCGUACGACAGUUACGUCAUUUAGUUUGGAUCGGUCUCAGGAAGAGAAAUCUGCAACAUCAGUCGGUCAAUGUUCGGUUCAGCACCCUGCGUACUGGAUACAAGACACGAAAUUAAUUACAUCUAGGAGGGCUGUGUCUGGUAAGCGUGGCAGGGGGAGUUGCUGACCUUCAUGCUGAGAGGUCACGGAGGAGAAGACCCAUGGAUGAUGGUCAGUGUGAGAGGGAGGGGCCAGUGUUGUCUGAGGGUGGGGUUGACCUCCACCGCAACCAAUCAGACCCCUCGGAACCAAAUCAGAACCAAAACCAGAACCGGACGCAGACUCAACUAGAGGAUGGUCAGAGGGUUGGACGAGACCUCAUCCAACAGAACUCUUUAAACAACAAUGUGGAGGAAGAGGAGGAGGAAGGUAGAACGGUGAAGGGAGAGGAAGACGGGGUUGAGGAUGAUGUGAUUGUGGAAGAAGAGGAGGAGGACAGCAGCGUGACUCACGGCCAAUCACCCGACACUCCUAUGACUGACUGUUCCUUCUCAGACACAGGCAGUCCGGGAGCGCUCCGGCCCUCUGUGUCUCCAGAGACUACAGAUCCCAUUAGCUCCCAAGCAACAAGUCCAGACGAACCCUGCUACAGUGUCCCUGCGGGCGAGACACACACCUCCACCACAGGACCCACUAUCUCCAGUUCGGAACCUACCACCUCAAGCCCCACCUGCACCACAGGACCUACCACCUCCACCACAAGCCCCACCUGCACAACAGAACCUACCACCUCCACCACAAGCCCCACCUGCACCACAGAACCUACCACCUCCACCACAAGCCCCACCUGCACCACCGGGCCUACCACCUCCACCACAGGUCCCACCUGCACCACAGGACCCACAAUUUCCACCCCAGGCCCCACCACAGGCCCCACCUGCACUUCAGGACCUACCACCUGCACCACAGGACCUACCACCUGCACCACAGGACCUACCACCUGUACCACAGGCCCCACCUGCACCACAGGACCCACCAUUUCUACCACAGGACCUACCACCUCCACUGCAGAGCCUAUCCCUAACCCUGCCCUCCUGGCCACCUUAAAGGAGUUGGGGGAACGGGGAGAUCACUCCCACCUGCCUCAGUACCUCCAUCAGGUAGCCGAGGCCUUUGUCCUCCAGGAAGAUUAUGAGCGAGCAGUGUGGUGUGUUCAGCUAGAGAGACUCUACCACCAGCGACUACUAAACAACCUGACAGCACUGCAGGAACAGUGGGAGAGGCGAUGCAGGGCAGACGGUCGGGGGGAGAGGAAUAGUGACACUGACCUGACUCCACAGCAGCUGGACAUACUCACACACAUCUGCACGACACACCAACGACCCAGUCCUGGAGAAGAGAAGACUGUGGACUCUGUGCUGGAGAGACCUGUUGGUGGUGAGGACAGACUGCCUGCAUGCCGCUCAGUUCGGUUAUUUGAGUGUUUGUUGGGGAUGGAGGAGGACCAGAGAGGAACAGACUCCACCCUCUCCCAGAGCAUCAACCCAAUUAAAUCAGCCGGAGCCCUGAAGGACAGCCUCAGCUCCAAUGACUGUGCAGCUCUGGGUGUGGCACAGGACUGCAGAGACUCCCAGGGGAUUGGGAGGGCUGAAUUCACAGACUCUCAGAGCGAGGGAACAGGUCAGCAGAGGGAGAGUGAGAUGGAACACACCACUCAGGAGGGUUGCACUACGCCGGACCGCCCUACGGAUGGGGAAAUGAGCCAACUCAAGCAUGAGGAGCAGCAGGGAGGAGAGGAAAAACAGGAGGAGGUGGAAGAGGCAGAGGAGGCCUUGGCAUUAGAGGAAGAGGAGAAAGAGGAGAAGAGAGAUGGUGUUGAUUGUUUAAAAGCUCCUCUAGAGGAGAUCUCAGCCUUAGCAGUGAAGGAGCAGCUCACACUGGAGGAGGCCCAGCUGCGCGAGGAGGCCCAGCUGCGCGAGGAGGCCCAGCUGCGCGAGGAGGCCCAGCUGCGCGAGGAGGCCCAGCUGCGCGAGGAGGCCCAGCUGCGCGAGGAGGCCCAGCUGCGCGAGGAGGCCCAGCUGCGCGAGGAGGCCCAGCUGCGCGAGGAGGCCUAUGAUAUGUUUGGAGUGGACAUGGUGGAGACUAUCAGAGACCGGGUGGCUUCUCUGGACGACCUGGCCAAACGCAUUACAGUGGAGGAGAGCGGGUUCGACCCGUUUCCUGAAAUGGGUGGAAGAGGGAAGUUCCUAACGUGGCUCAAGCACUUUCACAAAGUGCUGAAACACCCUGUUCUCAACCACAGAGAAUGGGGCGCAUAUCGGGAGCUAUAAGCAUACCCUGAUUGGGAGUCCCGUAGGGCGGUGCACAAUUGGCCCAGCGGCGUCCGGGUUUGGCCCGGGGUAGGCCGUCACUGUAAAUAGGAAUUUUUUCUUAAGUGACUUGCCUAGUUAAAAAAAGAAUUAUAAACCAAAAACUAUAAACAAAUUAGGGCUGUCCCCAUAUGUAGAUAUAUCCUGUGUUUGAAUCAAAUCAACCAUAUGUAGAUAUACCCUGUGUUUGAAUCAAAUCAACCAUAUGUAGAUAUACCCUGUGUUUGAAUCAAAUCAACCAUAUGUAGAUAUACCCUGUGUUUGAAUCAAAUCAACCAUAUGUAGAUAUACCCUGUGUUUGAAUCAAAUCAACCAUAUGUAGAUAUACCCUGUGUUUGAAUCAAAUCAACCAUAUGUA